AGGUCACUAGUUCUGUUCGGAACAGAGAUCCCUCUGAGAUAGAAUACAGAAGUAAUAUGACUUCUCCAACACUCCUGGAUGCCAACCCCAUGGAGAACCCAGCACUGUUUAAUGACAUCAAGAUUGAGCCCCCAGAAGAACUUUUGGCUAGUGAUUUCAGCCUGCCACAAGUGGAACCAGUUGACCUCUCCUUUCACAAGCCCAAGGCUCCUCUCCAGCCUGCUAGCAUGCUACAAGCUCCAGUACGUCCCCCGAAGCCACAGUCUGCUCCCCAGACCCUUGUGGUGUCCACGUCAACAUCUGACAUGAGCACUUCAGCAAACAUUCCUACUGUUCUGACCCCAGGUUCUGUCCUGACCUCCUCUCAGAGCACUGGUGGCCAGCAGAUCUUACAUGUCAUUCACACUAUCCCCUCAGUCAGUCUGCCAAAUAAGAUGGGUGGCCUGAAGACCAUCCCAGUGGUAGUGCAGUCUCUGCCCAUGGUAUAUACUACUUUGCCUGCAGAUGGGGGCCCUGCAGCCAUUACAGUCCCACUCAUUGGAGGAGAUGGUAAAAAUGCUGGAUCAGUGAAAGUUGACCCCACCUCCAUGUCUCCACUGGAGAUUCCAAGUGACAGUGAGGAGAGUACAAUUGAGAGUGGAUCCUCAGCCUUACAGAGUCUGCAGGGACUACGGCAAGAACCAGCAGCAAUGGCCCAAAUGCAGGGAGAAGAGUCGCUUGACUUGAAGAGAAGACGGAUUCACCAAUGUGACUUUGCAGGAUGCAGCAAAGUGUACACCAAAAGCUCUCACCUGAAAGCUCACCGCAGAAUCCAUACAGGAGAGAAGCCUUAUAAAUGCACCUGGGAUGGCUGCUCCUGGAAAUUUGCUCGCUCAGAUGAGCUCACUCGCCAUUUCCGCAAGCACACAGGCAUCAAGCCUUUCCGGUGCACAGACUGCAACCGCAGCUUUUCUCGUUCUGACCAUCUGUCCCUGCAUCGCCGUCGCCAUGACACCAUGUGAGCUGUACAGGUCACACUAGAGAAGCUGCGCUGGUAUCUUUCCUGUUCGUGUGCUGAGGUUGGGACAAUUUUUUCCUCUUUGACUUCAGCUUGCAUCUGCAAUGGGGUUGAAGCAGCCCACUGAGCCAAGUUGAGGAGACUGGAGGAAAAGAGAGCUGGUCUCCCGGGGGGGCUCUUCAUAUUCUACCUUCACUUCUCCACUGUCCAGACCCGUUUUUUUCAACCUCCAUGUGGGUUGAAUUCCAGUGUGGCACCCAUGGCUGCCUUCCCAUCCCCCCUGCUCUGAAAUAGGACAUUUUUCCUACAGUAACAAAACAGGAAUCAAACUCAAGGCUGUGAACAAACAUACGCUGCUUUUUUCUUUCCAAUUUUUCUCUUGUUUUCUAGAACUCUCGUCCAUAUGUUUUUUAAAUAAGUACCUAAGAGUGGUUUGAUAGUGUCCUAAAUGACUUUUUUAACUUCCUAAAUGGAAAGAGCAUAACAAUGUAGUUGAUUGGUAAGAUUUACAGGGAUUUGGUUUCUGAGUAUGAGGCACAUUCCCAGUGAAUAAGCUGAGUCCCAUACCACACUCAAAAGGUUUUAAUAAAUCUAAUCCUAUUUCUUCUUAAA